GAAGUCAGGGAAUUCAGGGAGUAGCCGGACCGAGCGGCCCUUCGGGACCUCAGGGUGUGGCUGGUCCUAGCGGUCCUGCUGGGCCUCAAGGCAUUCAAGGCAGCCAGGGUAUCCAGGGAGUGGCUGGCCCAAGUGGUCCUGCGGGCCCAUCUGGGCCACAAGGAGCUCAAGGCGCCACGGGAGUAGCUGGACCAAGUGGACCAAGUGGACCAAGUGGACCGAGUGGUCCUCCGGGCGCUGCCGCCACAAGCGUCGCAUUUGCUUAUACCGGAUGCUUUGCGCAAACCUCCCUCAUCGGAAUCUCCCUCACAGGAUCAUAUGGCCUCGAUACAGGCUCUGCAGGUUACACUGGCUCAUCACUGUCAAACUCAGUGGCGACUCCAGCGGCUAAGCAAUGCGCUACGCUCUGCAUAGCUCGAGGCGGACAGAACUUCUUCGGACUGGUGAACACAGGCGUCACAGGCUCAAUUUCUUGUUUCUGCGGAACAGCCAUCACAGGCGAUUCCUCGGCAGAGACUAAUUGUACCGCUUGCAGCGGCGCCGCCGGCACUGGUACAUGUGGCGCGAUCAGCCUCGGAAUCGCUGGCAGGGGCAUCGCUGUAUAUGGCAGGGCGUACUGA